GGAAGUUGAGUGGAGAACUAGGAAGUAUUUUCCCUCAAGAGGAAACCAAGUCUUGUUACUGUAAAAGCAACUGACCUUGUGGCUUCUGUCGGGAAGGAAUGCAUGCAGAGGAGACAGACCAGGAGAUAAACAGGAGCCCUUGCCCAUAGAGGAUCACCCUCCAGUGCAUACACACAAGCUCCCCCUCCCUCCCUCCCUCCCUCCCACUUUCUCUUUCACUCGCCCACUUACUCAGUAUCGUUUCAUCUCUCUCUCUCUCUCUCUCUCUCUCUCUCUCACACUCAGUCGCUGUGCUCUGACAGAUGGGGAUAUACUGCCAAGGAGGACUUAGGGGCGAGAAGAGAAGUGUUUCUUUUCUUCUCUGGUGUGUUUUCUUUCUCUUCCGUCUGGCUUCCCUCAUGAGCUGUUAAUUUAAGCCCCGGUCCUGAGGAUGAGGAGGAUCUAUUUGUGAGGAAGUCGCAACAAAGGAAGAGGAAACAAGGAGCAACAGGGUGGUAAAUUCUGCGAGCGCGAGUGAGCGAGAAGACCUUUUCUUUUUCUCCAGACUCGAGCAAAGGAGUCCUGACUCCCAGCAGCAGCUAUGUGAGAGGAGCUGUCAACAUGCAAAGGAUGCCCACGCCUAGCUAAAGCAGAGCAGCCCCCCCUCCCUACCUCCUGCUCCCUCCCUUCUUCCCACUUGAGGACGAGAAGAUGACUAUCACCAACCGGCAGUCCUUCAAUGUCCUGACGGUCAUCUUCCUCCUGCUGUCCACUGCAGCCCUCUCAGCUCAUUAUCGAGUGUGUGAACCCUACACUGACCACAAGGGGCGUUACCACUUCGGCUUUCACUGUCCACGCCUCUCAGACAACAAGACCUACGUGUUCUGCUGCUACCACAACAACACCGCCUUCAAAUACUGCUGCAACGAGACAGAAUUCCAGAUGGUCAUGCAGAUCAACCUCACCACCACCUCAGAUGGUUAUGCACACAAUAAUUAUACAGCCCUGGUCGGCGUGUGGAUCUACGGCUUCUUCGUCAUGGUGCUGCUGGCGCUGGACUUUCUCUACUACUCAGCCAUAAACUACGAGCUGUGCCGGGUCUACCUGGAGAAAUGGGGUCUGGGAGGACGCUGGCUGAAGAAGGCUCGGAGUCAGUGGCACAGGUCCAUGCCAGAGGAGAGCGAAUCCCAGGCUCAAGCCCAACCCAUGGUCCCCAGCCACUACCAGCCCAGACACAGCCUCAGAGGGGAGAGCCACAGCCCCACACUCCUGCCCUACAACACAUCCACCGCAUGAAUGAUGCUCCGAUUGGACAAACCGAAGAGUAGCAACACCUUGUUUCCUUACGUGGUACAGAGGAGAUGCCCCACAGAUGCCCUCUCUCCGGACCACAGACACAACCACCAGUGGUGGGCUUGUCAUACUGUAGUAGUUAGAAGUGACUACUGGCCCUUUCUAAUGAGCACAAAACACCCUUGGACUGACAGAAGCAGACUGAUAUGGUAUUUAAAAACUCAGCUGAACAAAGAAUUCCAGGAGACACAGAGAACCUUACUACUGCUGCUGCCACAGCAGAGGAGCGACACAUCCAACUACAGGUGUUCAGUGAUCCCCUGAAAUGGCUGCCUAAGCCUGGAGAAUCCCUAACAGAUCCGAACUGAACUGGAUAAACUGUACUCGCAAGCAAGGAGGCUUGCCUGUUUUUAAAAAAGAGGUUCAUCUUUCUAAAUAUAAAAUGUUUAUUACAUUGCUGUGUCAGUUUGUGUUCAGUAGCAGUUAGACACAGUUAUCUAUUUGGUGAUUUAUUUAUGUGAACUAGUCAGAGAAAUAUAUGAGUGGUUAACAAUCGGAACAUGUAACAGCUUAGGUUGAUGCUGAGCAUCUCACUUAGAGUAGAAUGUUUUUGUUACUUACUGAAACCAGAAACAAAAUGUCUUUGCAGCCAUGUUGAAAAACAAUACCGUGUAUGAAAUGUUUUAGGUCUCCUUUCUGCAAAACAAGUGACUUCUCUAUAUUGUAUCGUGUCUGACAAGGACACAACGCCAUACAGAUAAACUGCUAUAGAUCUAAAGGUUUAACAGUAGGUCAUCAAGAUUUCUCUUUUGGUUUAGUUAUGGUGAGAAAAGGAAUCGUGACUCUCCAGCCAAAACAUUAAUGAGGAUCAGGGAUACGUUCACAACAGCAAAUAGCUUCAUGCUAGGUUAAACAUAACAUAAUCUUUGGCUAUGAGCCUACAAGCCCAUUUGAGACCAUUACUUUUUAGUUAGUGUGAGACAGUUGCCUUGGUAACCUCAUCCAUUGACUUGUUUGCCCUUCCUCAUUACCGGAUCUGCCUGAAACACAGCUCCAUUAGCAAUAUGAUGCAAAUGAAUAUCCAGUUCCUUCACAAGGAGCCCUCUAUAUCCCACAUUGGUAAUAGACAAAUGUAAGCGAUUAGCCAUAAUAGAAAAUGUAAAAAAAACAAACAUUAAAACUCCUUUCACUGUCAGCAAUAAUGUACAGUAGCUUAAUCAGAAGGAAGACAUGUUAUGUAAAAAGUCAGAGGUGCCAGCCAAAUGAGCACUGGGUAAUCAUUGAGGUGUAGCGCAGAGCUUUCAGGGAUUCUCAGUUAUAUACUAUAAUACUAUGAUAAUGUAUCAUAUAAUAAAUUCCUGACAUUUGUGAAAUCAGUGAAACCUUAAAAAUGUAUCAAGUAUCUAAUUGCAAUCAUCUAGGUCUGCAGUCCAACAGUUCAACAGUCCAAUUAACUAUCACAGUAGACAGUAUCACAUUUGAGAAGCUGAAAUUAAAGAACUGUUUGCCAUUUUUCCUUGAAAAAAUACCUAAACAAUAAACUGAUCAACCAAAUAGAUAGAUAGUUGGACUAAUAGAUAAUAUGACAAAUCGUUUCAGCUCUACAAUCAUUACAUUUGAAGAAAAAGUUGUUACUCCAUGCCCGAAUUGGAAUUAACUACUGAGAUAAAUUCACUGUAGUCCAUAAAAUGCAAGAACAGACAAAGCAGCUGUUGGUGCCAGACUGUACAUAAGUGAGAGCAUGUGAAGACCAGGUGGACAGAUGGUAGGUACAUUAUGAGAGAGGUGUUGGUCCCAAUUGUGCAUCUGCAACGGGUACUCUGGCAGCUGCCAAGCCUGUGUGUGUACAGAAUAGAUACCAUUAAUCGUUCUGAGCUGGCUAUGUAUAUGUCAGCCCGGAGACUUGGGGUUUAAGUGGACCCUCUGUACAGAACUCUGGUUGUGGGCUGUAAGUGAGGCCUGCUGGCGUCAUCAUCAGUUAUCAGCAAUAAUAUUCACAUUUGCUGAGUUGAUAGAGCAAGUUAAUUCCCAUUACAAUGGCUAAAGUUUAAUUGUGUGUGCGCACUAACAGGCUUGUGCUUUCAGGGGCAGAGAAAUAGGAUGUGUCCAAGUGAAAUAAUUGGCCCAAGGAUCAGCAGUUGUUCUAAAUUACACUCUCUUGCUUCUUUCAGUAGCUGCCUCCUGAUUGUAUGUGAACAGCAGCAGCAAACAGUUUAACAGGUGCAGCAGCACAAAGGGGAUUUAAGUCGCUAAUGCUGGAUAAGUGGGUAAAAUCUGAUAUGUUAGAGAACAUGUCACUUUUCAGGGCUCUAUGCUGUGUUCUGACCUGUAAUAAGGCAGAGGAGGUAUGUUCGUAUCACUAAUAAAGUAAAAGUCACACCCGGGGGGGGGGGGAUUUAUUUUGCCUCUGACAAGUAGCAGGGUCAAAAAUGAAUUCUUUCCCCCAUUUCUUAAAAUGCUACAACUUGGUUUUGUGAUGUUUUCUGUUUUGUUUGAAAAAAAAAAACAGUCUUGACUCUGGCCUGAUGUGGUGUGGUACUGUAAAUCGUAUCAGCUCAACCCUCUUCCUAAAUAAAUAAUGAAAAAAGAAAAAAAAAGGAUGGGAAGAAGUGAGCACACAUCUGUUUCAGUCUUUCCAGGUUGUCAUGGUAACAGUUGCCUUACAGUUGAAUACCCACCUGUACACAGAAGCUUUGUAGUGGUUGAUACCUCACUUUUUGGGUGUGGUGGUAAUAAUGAUGUGCACCACGUUCUGUCUAUGUAUUUACUACUAGAUAGAAUGAUCAGUACCGUUUUGGAUUGUUAUUGCACUUGUUGACUUUGUAUUGUCAAGACAGGGAGAAAUAAAGUUUUAUCUUUUC